CAUUUGGUCCAUCAAAAACCCUAGCGCUGGCAAUAAAGUUCAGCUCCACUCCGCACCUAUAUAUCUUGUACAAGGCUUUUAUCUCAUUCCUCCGUCGCUUUUGAGAAUAGAGGCAGCAGUGGCUUGACGUUCCCCUUUGCUCCCUUCUUCCAGAAGCCAAAAGUUUGAGUUAAGAACAAUGGCUUAUGCUACAAUGAAGCCGACCAAACCUGGUUUGGAGGAGUCCCAGGAGCAGAUUCACAAGAUCAGGAUCACUCUCUCCUCCAAGAAUGUGAAAAACCUUGAGAAAGUUUGUGCUGAUUUGGUUCGUGGUGCCAAGGAUAAGAGACUGAGGGUUAAGGGGCCAGUGAGAAUGCCCACCAAGGUUCUUCACAUCACAACGAGGAAGUCUCCCUGUGGUGAAGGAACAAACACAUGGGAUAGAUUUGAGCUCCGUGUUCACAAGCGAGUUAUUGAUCUUUUCAGCUCCCCUGAUGUGGUCAAGCAGAUCACCUCUAUCACCAUUGAACCUGGUGUUGAGGUGGAGGUUACCAUCGCAGAUUCUUAAAUAUGCCUCACUUAUGCUUUUUGGCAACCACUAGUUUUAGUCAAUUAGAAGACUUCCAUCUGAUAUAGCCCUCGAUGUCCUAAAUAAUCUUAAGCUUGAGUGGUUGGUUACAGGGCUUUUGUAGUUUGUGAUUUUCCCAUGCUAGUAUUAAAGUUAAGGUUCUAUUUUGUCCUGUGGCUCUGGAUUCUCUUUCCUUUUUGUUACCUAAAAAGAUCAUGUCUGGAUGAUUUUGUUUAUUGCAUUAUUUGACAUUAAAUAUCACGAAA